AUGUUGAUGCACGAGAAUUACAAAGCGCAGCCUGAGUACGUGAAAGCUAAGACGGCUGUGUGGUGGGACAUCAACACCUGUCCGAUUCCACAUGGUUAUGAUGCUCGUCGUGUCCGCCCGAGUAUAGAAUCGGCGUUGAAGAAUCUAGGAUACUAUGGUCCUGUCGACAUCAGAGUCAUUGGCUACCUAGAAGACACCCCUGAACACGUCCUGCGAGUGCUCUCUUCCACAGGGAUCUAUGUUAAACACGGUCGCGCAAACGGGAUCCUUUUUUACUCGUUGAUGUCAUGGCAAGAGCGUAAUCCACCUCCGGCUUCAAUGAUGCUAAUAUCCGAUAAAGUGGAAGAUAUUUCUUUGGCUCUUUGCCUUCGACAGCAACGGAUUAGUGGAUACAACCUUCUUUGUGUAUAUAAAUGUGAUCCUGAGUAUGUUUCAAUUUUGUACAACACUGGGGAGUGGCUCUGGGAAAGCUUACUAGCGACUGGUGAUGAAAACAUCGAUGAUGAUAAACCCGCGGAGACAAGAAUACAGUCGACGUUUAUUUUGCCCGAAGAGCAUUUGUUUUAUUGCUCAACAUGCUGCUUUCCUACCUGUAGUGAUCUAAACCUCAAAUCUACGCUCCUAUCUCAGCUCAAGAACACCGAGUCAACAUUAGAAAGAAAAACUAAAAGCAACGACACAAGAUUUUGUUAA